UCAAAGUUAAAAAAAAUUCAACACACAUGCUAUUGAACCAAGCUGAUUUUACUCUUCCAGCAAAAUUUCCCCCUCCAAAUGCAGGAAAAAGCGUUUGGAGGGCUUUAGAUAUCUUUCAGCAAUUAUGCUUAUGCGAGGUUGUCUUUCAGAACAAAAGGAAAUGAGUUAUACUUAGCACGUCCUAUUCUUAGUCAAUUUUGGUUAAAACACACUAUCUAUAUAUGGAUAUUCUGAUAUUCUGAUGACGUGUUUACAACUAAGAGCAAAUACUAUACUUAGUGAAGUACACCAACAUGAAAAUGGAUCGCUGUUCAGUUCGGUUGUUUUAACUCUAUACAGGGCAGCCCAUUGUGAAGACCACUGCCUCCUCGCCUGUGAAGGUCGGUGUAAGAAUACGGCGUAACGGCGGCGCGUCUGUACCGCUCAGACAGACUCAGGGCUCAGGACGGGGGAGCAGCUACAACAGGACGGCAAUGGGCGAGAACUACCACGAGUACUACAGGUCGCACUACUACACCCACUACCCGCCGGGUAGAGGAUUCUGGGUAGACGUCGAUGGCGAAAGAACUGGAUACACCAUCGCGAACGGCCUGCCGGGAAGGAAUAUGAAUACUAAAAAUGUCCGUCUGUCGUUCGACUUCCCGUUCUAUGGCAGCCCGAUAAAGAAUAUAACGAUAGCUGUCAAAGGUUUCGUGUCCAUUGGUUCUACCCUGAGCCACUCCCUCGCCUCCACACAGUACAUCGCGCCGCUCAUGGCUAACUUUGACCCCGGGCUGGACCCAAUGUCUGUGGUCAGGUACCGAGAUAACGAGUAG